AAGGAUCGUGGAGGAUUCCACAGCCAAAAUGGCGUUCAGGAACGUUGCGAUGAGAGUCUUGUUGCUCCUGGCGGUGGUGAGCGCGGCAUAUGCUGCCAAAGGCAAGGCGGAGAAGAAGGAGAGCGCAGAUGGUCCGGCGGCGUCCGGUCCGGCGGCGUCCGGUGAGGGCGGGGAGUACGACAUCACCAAGCUCGGCGCCAAGCCCGACGGCACAACAGACUGCACCGAGGCGGUGGAGGAGGCAUGGGCCUCGGCAUGCGGUAGCACCGGGAACCCGACCAUCAUCAUCCCCAAGGGUGAUUUCCUGACUGGAGCUCUGAAUUUCACGGGGCCGUGCAAGGGCGACGGACUCAACAUCAAGCUGGAAGGCAACCUGCUAGCUUCCAACGACCUGGCCAAGUUCAAGUCUAACUGGAUCGAGAUCAUGCGCGUGAAGAAGCUCUCAAUCACCGGCAAAGGCAACAUCGACGGUCAGGGCAAGGCCGUCUGGACCAAAAACAGCUGCCAAAAGAACUACAACUGCAAGAUAUUGCCAAACUCGUUGGUGCUGGACUUCUGCGACGACGCGCUCAUCGAAGGCAUCUCUAUCAUCAAUUCCAAGUUCUUCCACAUGAACAUCUUCCAGUGCAAGGGCGUGACCGUCAAGGACGUGAAGGUGAACGCGCCCGGGGACAGCCCCAACACCGACGGCAUCCACAUGGGCGACUCGUCCAAUGUCAGCAUCAUCGACACCACCAUCGGCGUUGGCGACGACUGCAUCUCCAUUGGCCCCGGCUCCACACAAGUCAACAUCAGCGGUGUGACCUGUGGCCCAGGCCAUGGUAUCAGCAUUGGCAGCCUCGGGAGGUACAAGGACGAGAAGGACGUGACCGACAUCACCGUCAAGAACUGCGUGCUCAAGGGCUCCACCAAUGGCCUCCGCAUCAAGUCGUACGAGGACGCCAAGUCACCCCUCGUAGCAUCCAAGAUCCACUACGAGAACAUCGAGAUGGACGACUCGGGCUACCCGAUCAUCAUCGACCAGAAGUACUGCCCCAACAAACUUUGCACCUCUAAGGGCGACGCCGACAGGGUCACCGUCAAGGACGUUACCUUCAAAAACAUCACCGGCACCUCCGCCACCCCCGAGGCCGUCAGCCUGCUCUGCUCCGAAAAGAAGCCCUGCGAAGGCGUCACAAUGUCCGACGUCAAGAUCGAGUACUCCGGCAAGAACAACAAGACCAUGACUGUCUGCACCCACGUCAAGGUCACCGCCACGGGAGUCGACAAGGCCAACACAUGCGACGCCUGAACCAUUAUACCACCCUGCGCGACAUGAUUUCUUUUCUCGGUAUUUCCAUUUUCGAAUCCACCUAGUGUACUAGUCCUCUCUGUUCUUUUCUUCUUUUUGCGAUCUCGGUCAUUUCUCUGUCAAGACUCGAGAGAAGAUACAGAGCAAAGCCAGGAGAUCGUCAUUUAGUUUACUUCAUGGAUUGAUCACUUACCUUUAUGUAGCUAACACAAAUAUAUGUAUGUGCCAGCUCAGAGCCACUUGAUCCAUGUAGUUUUGACGAUUUUGGCUUUUAUUUGUCUUGUUGAUACUCGUGCCGGCUGGUAAACCCUGCCGGAAUGAAGGCAUUUUAUUUAUUUAUUUUUUGA